UCUUGCACUUGCCAUGAUGUAUAGGUUAAGGUACUGCGGUUAUAGCAGUCAUAGGAGCUUGUAGCUGGAUAGCGUGAAAAGGUUUCACUAAAAACAAUUACUCUUUAUUUUUGGUAAUACAGGUUACUUCCUUAGUGCUUCAGUAUGACAGCUUUUGAAGGAAAUCUAACAGGAAAGCCUGGAUGACAUCUCAUAUCAUGAGGGAAUGGCUGAAAGCAUUUAAUACAAAGAUGAAGCAACGGAAACAUUUUGGGACAGUGUGACUUGCUGUCCUCGAAUUGAACUCUUAAAUGUAUGGCUUGCAUGGUUUUCCCCCAGUACGAGAACUGUAUCUCAACCCAUGGACAAAGGAGUUAUAAACUGUAUAAAGCUGAACUACCAGAUGCUCCUCUUGUGAUCUUUGGUAGCCCACAUGGAAACCACAUCUCCUCCCACACAACUUGCGAAGUCUUUUUCCGUCCUUGAUGCUGUAAUCUGAUGCUGCAAAACAUGUCUCUGCAAACUGCAUGGAGAAGUUUUCAGAAAGCAGGAUUUUCAACCACGAGAGUUUACUGAUGACAAAAUGUUUAAAAACAACAUCCAAAAACUCGAGGUGUAUCUCAGUCAGGCUAUAUACAAAAAUAUUAAGGCAGAGGUUACCUAAACGUUGAUAUUGAGGUUGAAACAGAAGCUCGUGUUAAGUAAAUUGACGACUUCAGUGAGUAUCACCAGCAAAGUAAGGAAGAGGAAGAUGAUUGGAAGUAAGGAGCAGAAGCAGAUGGUACUUCCCAAGAAAACUUGAGUUCAAGCUUUAAGACAUACCAUAAUGUUUUAACUCGCGUCAAAGAAUUUUCACCACAUAACAGUAAUUCCAAACUUCUUUAAAAAAUUUUAAGGGCUUGAAUUUUGAUUGAAAACCAGGCCACUUGAUCAGAAACAUAUAUGCAGAGAUCUUGUUGGAAACAAUAAACAGUUUAUAUAAUAAAUGGGUGUUUUACCAGAGAUAGGCAAAGCGGUUGAAGAAAUGGAUUGGAUGCUUCCAACAGAUGUCCAGGCAGAAGCCAUUCCCCUAAUUUUGGGUGGUGGAGAUGUCUUGAUGGCAGCAGAGACUGGUAGUGGAAAGACUGGAGCUUUCUGCCUUCCAAUUAUUCAGAUUGUAUGGGAGACUCUAAAGGAUUUGGAAGCUGGGAAAGGAAGUAAAAUCAUUGCGCAAAUUUCUCCACAUUGGACUUUAAGUUUCUUUGAUCGAGGUUCUGCAUUAGCUGUGACACCAGAUGGAUUACGCUGUCAAUCACGUGAACAAAAGGAGUGGCAUGGUUGUCGUGCUACAAAAGGGGUUCAGGGGAAAGGGAGGUACUACUAUGAGGCCACGGUUACAGACGAAGGAUUAUGCCGUGUUGGCUGGUCAACACAACAGGCACAGCUUGACCUAGGAACAGACAGGUUUGGGUUUGGCUUUGGAGGAACAGGAAAGAAGUCAAACAACAAACAGUUUGAUAAUUACGGAGAAGCAUUUGGUAUGCAUGAUGUGAUUGGCUGUUACUUGGAUUUAGAUUCAGGAGAGAUUAAAUUUUCUAAAAAUGGAGUUGAUCUGGGGAAGGCAUUCACCAUACCACAACAACUUAAAUCAUCUGCUUUUUAUCCUGCUGUUGUCCUGAAGAAUGCUGAAAUGUCUUUCAAUUUUGGUGCCCAGCCUUUCAAGUAUAAUCCUGCAUCUAGUUAUAUUGCUGUGUGUGAAGCAUCAAAGGAAAAUGUAAAGCAGAAUGAUGUAGGGAGUGGAGGCAUGUCAUCACAGAGUAAAUAUGUCAGAAAUGCUCCCCAGGCCAUCAUAAUAGAGCCAUCACGUGAACUUGCUGAACAGACUUACAAUCAAAUCCUAAAGUUCAAGAAGUAUUUAGAGAAUUCUGCAGUGAGGGAAUUGUUGGUCAUUGGUGGCAUAAAUGUGAAGGAUCAGAUUUCUGCUCUUAAUGCUGGGGUGGACAUUGUUGUUGGUACUCCAGGAAGAAUGGAAGACUUAAUUUCAGCUGGACACCUCUCACUGACUCAGUGUCGUUUCUUUGUACUUGAUGAAGCUGAUGGAUUACUGAAGCAGGGGUACACAGAACUUAUUGAUAGACUACAUAGGCAAAUACCCAAGAUCACAUCUGAUGGGCGACGCCUUCAGAUGAUUGUGUGUUCAGCAACACUUCAUGCAUUUGAAGUUAAGAAGAUGGCUGAGCGGUUGAUGCAUUUUCCUACAUGGGUUGAUCUGAAAGGUGAAGAUGCUGUACCUGAAACAGUACACCAUGUUGUGGUAAUGGUAGAUCCUCAGAAGGAUACCAGCUGGCACAGCCUGCGACGUCAUGUUCAGACAGAUGGUGUUCAUGCAAAAGACAAUGUUCGCCCUGGAAACAAUACUGCAGAGACUCUGUCAGAGGCAGUGAAGAUGCUGAAAGGUGAAUAUUGUGUUCGAGCUAUCAACGAACAUAAGAUGGAUCGUGCAAUAAUUUUCUGUCGUACCAAAUUGGACUGUGACAAUUUGGAGAAAUAUCUCAAUCAAGUAGGUGGAGGUUCUCGCAGUCACAACAACACAUACUCCUGUGUCUGUCUUCAUGGAGAUCGCAAGCCACCUGAGCGUAAAGCUAAUCUUGAAAGGUUCAAGAAGCAAGAAGUCAAAUUUCUAAUCUGCACAGAUGUGGCUGCCAGAGGACUGGAUAUUACUGGUCUUCCCUUCAUGAUCAAUAUAACUCUGCCUGAUGAGAAGUCGAAUUAUGUGCAUCGAAUUGGUCGUGUUGGGCGAGCAGAAAGGAUGGGUCUGGCUAUUUCACUUGUGUCAAGUGUGCCAGAAAAAGUAUGGUACCAUGGAGAGUGGUGUUCUUCUAGGGGUCGUAAUUGCUGGAAUACGAGGCUCACGGAUGUAGGUGGAUGCUGUAUUUGGUAUGAUGAACCUAGAUUUCUGGCUGAAAUAGAGGACCAUCUGAAUGUUACUAUCCAACAAGUGGAACCUGAUAUUAAAGUACCAAUGGAUGAAUUUGAUGGGAAAGUAAUUUAUGGGCAGAAGCGUUUGCAGACAGGUUCAGGCUAUGAAAACCACGUUACACAGAUGGCACCAGCUGUUCAUGAGUUGUCACAGCUUGAAAGCAAGGCUCAGUUAUUGUACCUAAAGCGCCACUUUGGAAAGGAUAUAUGUAAUAGAAACUGAAUAGCUGGCAGCUCUGUUGACCUGAAGAUGGUUUGGAAUAAAAUUUCAGAAGGAGAAUAUUGUUGAGAUUAAAAUUAAUUUAAUACUAUAUUGAUGUGUGACAAAAAGUAUAAAGAACUUAAAACUUAUGAUGAAUAGAUGUAGGUAGCUACAAAUUAACCUUAAUGUACCUGUUGAGCAGGAAGGUCAUGUAUGUGUGUGCCUUAAAUAAAUGGCACUCAAAACCAAA